ACACGUGUUACGAAUUAUUGUUAGUAGCCAGGCGUGUCGCGGGGGUUGGUCCCUGCAGUCGUUACCCUUAACCAGUCGGUUAAAUCGAAGUUCGAGUCCUUUACCGGCUUGCCGUCGCAUUCCACGCCUUUGACGACAUUAUGAUGCGUGUUAAAAAUGCUCGCGUUUGAUGUGACCCGGGAAAAGUGUCCUUCCGUCAUAGAUUACCAUCGGUUUAGCAGCUGUGGUGAGCUCCACCCCGGACUCGUCCAUGAGCUGUAACUUCCUUCUGGCGACAAUAUUUAGAAGCGAAGAAAAAUAAAACGGUCGGUGUCUCGUCUUAAAUGUACAUGAGUGCACCACGUUCCCUGAGUUAAGUCACCACUGGAGAAGGCGUGAUUCUUAGGGCUGCAGGUGGGAUGAGAGACAGGCUCGGCGACCUGUUGGCGGUCGCUAAGGACUCCGGCGAGGACGAGUUCGAGUUCGAGUUCAAUGGCGGCGUGAACGGCGGGAAGGAGCUGGACCCCCUGGGCGCGGCGUUCGACGAGGACCGCGCCAUGGACGGGGUCUUCCAGGAAGUGCAGUCCGUGCGACAGGAGAUCGCCCUCCUCAGGAUGGAUGUGAAGCGGCUGGGGACGCAGAACAUGCGCUUCCUCACCUCCGUCCGCCGCAUCAGCGCCAUCAAGCGUGACGCCAACUCCAUCGCCCGGGACAUCCGGGCGCGGGGCGAGUCGGUCUACGCCCGCCUGCGGGCGCUGGAGGCGCGGCGGCGCGGGCUGGAGGAGCGGCGCGGGGCGGACUCGGCGCUGGCGCGGAUCGCGCGCUCGCAGCACGCCGCCGCCGCCCGCGCCUUCCGCGACGCCAUGGCGGAGUACGGCCGCGCCGAGGCGGACCAGCGCGAGCACUGCAAGGCCCGCAUCCGGCGCCAGGCGGCCAUCGCGGGCCGGCCCCUGACGGGCGAGCAGCUCGAGGAGAUGAUCGAGACGGGCCGCUGGGACGUCCUGGGCGGGGACGGGGGCGUGGUGACGGAAGGGCGGGGCUCGCGAGCGGCCCUGGCCGAGAUCGGGCGGCGCCGCCGCGAGCUCCUGGACCUGGAGGCGCGGGUGCGAGAGGUCCACGGCCUGUUCCUGCAGAUGGCCCUGCUGGUGGAGGAGCAGAGCUGCGCCCUGGAGAGCAUCGAGGCCAACGUCUGCUCCACCCAGAACCACGUGGGCCGGGCCAGGGCCUGCGUCAAGCGGGCCGUCCGGUGCAAGAGGAGGAACCCCUGCAGGAGACUGUUCUGCUGCUGUUUGAACCGGUAGAGUGAGUGUGAGUGUGAGUGUGUGAAAGGGGUGAAUGUUGCUGGACAAAGGCUGCAGGACUGUCCAUGCGACCAAUAACCUUCUCCAAGUUUGUUCAACCUCAUGAGCAGAACCACUGCAGUACAGUAUGUGUCUUGAGUUCAUUUCAGUUUUUAGCACAGUUUUAAAUGCAGACGUGUUGAGUCUGCAUUGUUGGAGCGCUUUUUUCUUUUCUUUUUUUGUGCUUCCUUUUCAUUUUGUAUGAUAAUGAAAUGCACUCAGAUUUAAAGUGGUUGCAUGCCAUUUACAUCCUGCAGCAGUCUCAAUGACAAUGUCCAUUUCACAGGGUAUUAUGUCAUGAAGUAGGAAGAUGAAAGGACUGUUCCUUCUCAAUGCUAGGAAGCUCUGACCUUCUCCGAUUAAGAGUGCUGUAUUAUGAGAUCUAUUAUGUGAAUCUGUAAUAUAUUAGUAUGUAGUUAAAAUAUAAGCUGGAUGUUUUAAUGUUGUAAAUGGGUAAUAAAAUAUCUUUUUAUACUCUG